AUGUAUAAUCCAUGGGUUGAUAAUCCAAAAGAUCGUGAUCGUACUGAACGUGAUCGUUCACAUUCACAUUCAUCUUCACCAAAUCAACAACAUCAGUCACCAAAUACAAUUUCACAUAGAUUAUCAACCGCCAUACCACCUAUUAAUAUGGCAGGUACUAAUAUAGGUGGUACACCAUCAACAUCCUUUGACCAAAUAUCUUAUUUAUCACCAUCGACAUCUAAUAUACCCUCAACUUCACCACCACUCACUCGGCAAAUACCUUCUCAAACUACAACACCAACUGUACCACCAUUAUCAACUUCAUCAUUAUCAUCCUCAACACCUAUAUCAUCAACAAAUUCAACAUCAUCCUCAAAACUAUUAUCAAGUAAUAAUAAUAAUAAUAAUAAUAAUAAUAAUAAUAAUAAUAAUAAUAAUAAUAAUAAUAAUAAUAAUAAUAAUAAUAAUAAUAAUAAUAAUAAUAAUAAUAAUAGCAAUAAUAAUAAUAAUAAUAAUAAUAAUAAUAAUAAUAAUAAUAAUAAUAACAAUAAUAACAAUAAUAAUAAUAUAACUGUAAAUUCAUCAUCAUUAUCACCACACAGUAAAUCAAAUAAUAGUAGUGGUAAUUUAGCAAGUCUAUUUGAAUUAGCUAGCAUUGAAGAAUCAAAAAAGGAUAAAAAGAAUAAAAAGAAUAAAAAGCAUACAAAUAAACAAAAUAGUAUUGGUGGUAGUGGUAAUACUACACCAACUUCAUCGAGUGGUAAUAAUACCACAUCAAAUAAUAUUACAAUAACGCAGGUUAUAACAUCAAAUAGUAAUACUUUAAAUAAUAGUAAUACUUUAAAUAAUAAUAAUAAUAAUAAUAAUAAUAAUAAUAAUAAUAAUAAUAAUAAUAAUAAUAAUAAUAAUAAUUCAAAUAAUAAUUUUAGUUCAAUACAGGGUACAAAUACAAAUACAAAUACAAAUAUAAUUUCAUCAUCACCAUCAUCUCCAUUAACUUCAAUGGUAUCAAAUAGCAGCAACAAUAACAAUAACAAUAAUAACAAUUCUACAUCACAAUCUAAUAAUGGUGGUGUAAUUGGUAAAACUCAUCAAAAAUCAAUUGUACCACUACUUGCAUUACCUGGUCAACAACAACAAAAUAAUAAUACAUCACAAUCAACAUCUUCAUCAUCCUCAACAUCAAUAUCAUUACCAACCAAUAAUCAAAUCUCAUGUGAAAGAGGACCAUCUUCAUCACGUGUUCAUCAAUCACCCUCAUCUUCUUCCUCUGCUUCCUCUUCAUCAUCAAAUAGUUUAGUUCAUUUAAUGACAUUAUUAGAAAAGAAUAAAGUUGGAUUUGAUGAUUUAUCAGAAAUUAAAGAUUUUGAAGAAGAUACUUUAAUUAAUAUAAUUCAAGCAAGAUAUAAAAAAGAAAUUAUUUAUACAUAUAUUGGACCAAUAUUAGUAUCAGUUAAUCCAUUAAGAUAUUUACCAUUUUUACAUUCACAAGAGUUGGUUAGAAAUUAUAAUCAAAGAAGAGGGUUACCACCCCAUUUAUUUGCAUUAGCAGCGAAAGCAAUUAGUGAUAUGCAAGAUUUUCGUAGAGAUCAAUUGAUUUUCAUUGGUGGUGAAAGUGGUAGUGGUAAAUCUGAAAAUACUAAAAUCAUCAUUCAAUACUUACUUACAACCGAUCUAUCACGUAGUAAAUAUUUACGUGAUUACAUUUUAGAGUCUGGUAUCAUCUUGGAAUCAUUUGGUCAUGCUUCAACAGAUUCAAAUCAUAACUCUUCAAGAUGGGGUAAAUAUUUUGAAAUGUUUUAUAGUUUAUAUGGUGAAAUUCAAGGUGCAAAAUUAUAUAGUUACUUUUUAGAUGAAAAUAGAGUUACAUAUCAAAAUAAAGGUGAAAGAAAUUUUCAUAUUUUUUAUCAAUUUUUAAAAGGUAUAACAGAUGAGGAGAAAGCAGCUUAUCAAUUGGGUGAUAUAAAUUCAUAUCAUUAUUUAAAUCAAGGUGGUUCAAUUUCAGUUGAAAGUAUUGAUGAUAAUCGUGUUUUUGAUCGUUUGAAAAUGUCUUUUGUUUUCUUUGAUUUUCCUUCUGAAAAGAUUGAUUUAAUAUUUAAAACUUUAUCAUUUAUUAUCAUUUUAGGUAAUGUUACAUUUUUUCAAAAAAAUGGUAAAACUGAAGUUAAAGAUAGAACUUUAAUUGAAAGUUUAUCACAUAAUAUUACAUUUGAUUCAACAAAAUUAGAGAAUAUUUUAAUAUCAGAUAGAAGUAUGCCAGUUAAUGAAGCAGUUGAGAAUAGAGAUUCAUUAGCAAGAUCAUUAUAUUCAGCAUUAUUUCAUUGGAUUAUAGAUUUUUUAAACUCAAAAUUAAAACCAACUCAAUAUUCUCACACAUUGGGAAUUUUAGAUUUAUUUGGACAAGAGAGUUCACAAUUGAAUGGUUAUGAACAAUUUUCAAUCAAUUUCUUGGAGGAAAGACUUCAACAAAUUUAUCUACAAACAGUAUUAAAACAGGAGCAACGUGAAUAUCAAACUGAAAGAAUACCUUGGAUGACACCAAUCUCAUUCAAAGACAAUGAAGAAAGUGUUGAAAUGAUGGAGAAAAUCAUUAAUUUAUUAGAUCAAGAGAGUAAGAAUAUCAAUUCAUCCGAUCAAAUCUUUCUAGAGAAACUUCAAAACUUUUUAUCUAGACAUCAUUUAUUUGGUAAAAAACCAAAUAAAUUUGGUAUAGAACAUUAUUUUGGUCAAUUCUAUUAUGACGUACGUGGUUUCAUCAUUAAGAAUCGUGAUGAGAUACUUCAACGUACAAAUGUCCUUCAUAAAAAUUCAAUCACAAAAUAUUUAUUCUCUCGUGAUGGUGUUUUCAAUAUAAAUGCAACUGUCGCUGAAUUAAAUCAAAUGUUUGAUGCUAAAAACACAGCAAAGAAAUCACCUUUAUCAAUUGUAAAAGUUUUACUUUCUUGUGGCUCAAAUAAUCCAAAUAAUGUAAAUAAUCCAAAUAAUAAUAGUGGUGGUGGUGGUGGUGGAGGCAAUAGUGGUGGUGGUAGUGGUAGUGGUGGUUCAACUUAUACAACUUAUUCAUCAACAAAUAAAGCAAUUAAUAAUUCAAAUUGUGAUUUUCAUUUCAUUCGUUGUAUAAAACCAAAUUCAAAAAAAACUCAUCUAACUUUUGAUGUUAAAUCUGUGAAUGAACAAAUCAAAUCACUUUGUCUAUUGGAAACCACUAGAAUUCAAAGAUUUGGUUAUACAAUUCAUUAUAAUAAUAAGAUCUUUUUCGAUAGAUUCUCUUUCUUUUUCCAAAAUCAAAGAAACUUUCAAAAUCUAUUUGAAAAGUUAAAAGAGAAUGACAUCAACAUCGAUUCAAUCCUACCACCACCAAUUCAAGUUGGUAAUACCAAGAUUUUCUUACGUUAUGCUUUGGGUACUCUUUUAGAGAGUGAACUUCAAAAACGAAAGGUUAGAUGUGCUUUCACAAUUCAAAGUACUUGGAGAAUGUAUUUAACUCGUAAACGAUUCAUUAGAAUGAAAUCGGCAAUCGUCAUCAUUCAAAAGAAUACAAGACGUUGGCUAGUUCAAAAACGUUAUCAAUCAAUUAAACAAGCCGCUUUGAUUUUGGAAUCAUUUUCGCGUAUGGUCAUUUUUAGAGCACCUUAUCUUAGAAAGAGGCAAGCUGCUAUUGCAAUUCAAACUCAUCUCAGAUCAUUACUCUCUAAAGAUUAUUCAUAUCAAUGUACUCUCUUUUUAAAUACUUGUACUCAAGAUAAUGCUACCUCUUCUUUACCACCAAUUCCACAAUCUUUAAUUAUUCAAAUUUCUCCACCUGCUACCCCUCCUGCUUCACCUUUAUCUUUUUAUUCAUCACAACAAUCUCAAUUAAAUAAUAAUAAUAAUUCUACACCUGUUAAUAAUAAUAAUAAUAAUAAUAAUAAUAAUAAUAAUAAUAAUAAUAAUAAUAAUAAUAAUAAUAAUAAUAAUAAUAAUAAUAAUAUUAAUAAUACCACUUCUACUACUACAUCAAAUAAUACUUCUCAACCACCAUUAUCAAAGAAAGAUAGAGUUGUAAAAUUCGCUCAAGAUUAUCUUAAUUCAUCUGGUGGUAGUGCUUCUUCACCAGCUUUAUCACCUUCAGAUCAAUCAUCUGAAAGUUCACCAAUACUUUCACCUUCAGUUUCUCCAAGAAAUAAGGAAGAAAUUACACCAAGAAAAUAUUAUUCAACUUUUUCAAGUAAUAGUUUAAAUUUCAAUUAUAAUUCUUUGGUCAAUCCUCGUAAUGAUACUACUACCACUACUCAAACCAAUAAUACAACUACAACCACACCUACUACACCUUCAACUACUACAACUACCACUACAGCAACAACAACAACAUCAUCAUCAUCGUCAUCAUCGUCAUCAUCAUCAUCAAAUAAUAAUAUUGUAUCAACACCAACAUCAAUUACAAAUACUCCACCAACAACUGGAUCAAAACAUGGUUUAAAUUUACCAUUCAAUUUUAUUACAGAAAGUGCUAAAUCAAUUAAAUCAACAAUUACUGGUGCACCAAAAUCACCAAGAAAUUCUUCUGAAAAUUCGAAAUCAAAAGUUGAGAAUACUUCAACACCAGUUGGAUUUAAUUUAUCAUCAACACCAAAUAGUGCUCCAUCUUCAGCUUAUUCUUCACCAACCAUAAAUUCAAAUACUACUACUACUCAACAACCAAAUAAUAAUAAUAAUAGUAAUAAUAGUGUUAGUAGUACUGCAAUGGCUUUAACAUCAAUUUCAUCAUCUUCAACUCCAAAUUAUAAUAAUAGUGCAAAUAAUCAUCAAAGAUAUUCAUUAAAUUUAAAUAGAAGAAAGAGUUCUCAUCAAUUAAUUAAUAAUAGUAAUAAUAAUAAUAAUAAUAAUAAUAUUAAUAGUACCAAUAAUGAACCAUUAGUAUCACCAGGGAAAAAUAAUCAAAAUAAUAAUAAUAAUAAUAAUAAUAGUAAUAAUAGUAAUAAUAAUAAUAAUAAUAAUAAUAAUAAUAAUAAUAAUAAUAAUAAUAAUACAUUAACUGUUCCACCUUCACCAAGAUCACCAAGAGGAACUCAAACUAAAGCAAGUCCAUCAUUUAUUUAUUUUCCUUCAACAUCACCAGGUGUCGUUAAUAAAGUAUUUUCAUCAUCAUUAACCACACCAACUGGUAUUUCAAGAGCAGGUACAACUACACCAUCUGGAUCAUCGAAAGCUGGUUUAUUAAUUACAACACCAGGUUAUACAACUUCAACUCAAGGUGGAAUUCCUCAAUUACCAAUCUAUCGUCCAAGUUAUGUUAAUUUCCUUAAAAAGGAAUCAUUAUCAUCACUUUCACCAAAGAAAAGAAGUAAAUCAAUUUUAUUGAAUCAACAAAAUGAUACAGAAGAAUUAUCAAUGUUGGAAUAUGCAAAAGUUAAUUUUGAAUUAAAAUCUAGAAAAUCAUUAAUAAGAAAGAAACAAAUUACUUUUGAAUCUUUGGUAAAUUAUGGUAAAAAAUUAUAUUAUCCAUUACAUAAAUUUGGUGGUGAUUCAAAUAAUGAUAGUAAUAAUAAUAAUAAUAUAAAUAAUAAUAAUAGUAUCAAUAAUAAUAAUAAUAAUAAUAAUAAUAAUAAUAAUAAUAAUAAUAAUAAUAAUAAUAAUAAUAAUAAUAAUAAUAAUAAUAAUAAUAAUUUAGAUGCAUCAAUUGUUGCAAAUUUAGAAAAGAUAGCAUUAGAUGUAUUUUCACAUAUUUUACAAUAUAUGGGAGAUUUAGAAAGAAAGAAACCACAUAAUCAAAUUUGUACAUUUAUUGUUCGUCAAGGUUUAAAUCAUCCAGAGUUACGUGAUGAAAUCUAUUGUCAAAUCAUUAAACAAUUGACAGGUCAUCCAGGUAAAAGAGAGAAUAAAGCCAGAGGUUGGGAAUUGUUAUCACUUUGUUGUGGUUCAUUUGCACCCAAUUCAAGACUUUCAAAGUAUGUUUCAAACUAUUUACACUCUUUUAAACAAAGUAGAGAUGAUGAUGGUUUCGCUAGUAUUUGCCUCUAUAGAUUGGAUGCGAUCACUCAAUUGGGUCCACGUUCAUUAACACCUGUCGAUACAGAGAUUGAAGCAGUUCGUAAAAAGGUACCAUUAAAAGUUCAAUUCCUUUUCCCUGACGAUGUGGCAGAGGGUGUUGAUAUCGAUAGUGCCACAACUAGUGGUGAAAUUACCAAUAGAUUAACCAAAUUGGCAGGUUUAAAAUCGGAUGCUUUUGUUUGGUCAGUUUUUGAAGUUUUAAAGAAUAAAGAGAGAUCAGUAUCCAAUAGUGAAUUCAUUUUGGAUAUCGUUAGUAAAUGGGAGAAUUAUUACUUUAAUUUGAAUCAUUAUAAUCUUCAUGUACAACAACAAUCGGAGCAAAUCCCAUUGGAACCUUUUCAAUUCUAUUUUAAGAUUCAAUUAUUCUUAAAACCAGAGAAACCACCUGGUGAAUUUGAAGUUGGUUUCUAUUUCCAUCAAUUACUAAGAUCCGUUUCAAAAGGUCAUUUACCAAUUACCGAUAAUGAGGUUGUAAAAUUAUCAGCCCUACGUCUUCAAUUCGAUAUUCUUGAUAAUUGUACUCCAAAAUCACCUCUAGAAAUGUGGCAACGUUAUAUCCCUCAAAAUUAUAUCACCACUUAUUCUGCUAAGGAAUGGUGUGAUCGUGUUCAAACUAAAUACUUUGAAUUCUUACCUUACUUUAACACAAUUCAAACAAAAUGUAAAGAUAUCGAUAGUUAUAAAUUUGAAAUAAGAAAUAUUAUCAUUGCUUAUCUUAUGUCCUUACCAUUCUAUGGUUGUACAAUCUUUUAUAAUUGUAUUCAAGGUGUUUGGACUGAAAUUGAAACUGGUGCAAUGGAUGGUUUCAAUGUUAUUGUUGAUGUUAAUGGUGUUCAUAUAGUUUUAAAAGAAUCAAUACCUGGUCAAAAUAUUAUUCAACCACCACAACAACAAUCACAACAACAAUCACAACAACAACAAUCACAACAACAACAAUCACAACAACAACAAUCACAACAACAACAAUCACAACAACAACAAUCACAACAACAAUCACAACAACAACAACAACAAUCCCAACAAAACUUGGUAAAUGCAACCCCAACAAAAAAUAUUACACCAAGAAGCAAUAGUUCUGAUCAAGUUGUAUCUCCAUUAACAACUUCACUCGAUAAUAAUAACAAUAAUAAUAUCAAUGUACAAGAUAAUAAUUUAACUUCAAUUGAAGAAACAUCAACUGUAAAUAAUAAUAAUAAUAAUAAUAGUUCUUUAGGUAGCACUGGUAAUGUAAAUGAAACAACCAAUAUAGAUAAAACUAACACUGUCUCAUUUGAUGGUGAUAGUAGUAAAAACAACAACAACAACAACAACAACAACAACAACAACAACAACAACAACAACAACAACAACAACAACAACAACAACAACAACAACAACAACAACAACAACAACAACAACAACAACAACAACAACAACAAUGGUGAAAAUAAAUCAAAUGAUACAAGUUCUAAUAGUAAUGGACUUAGUGAUAGUGGCAAAACAAAUAGAUUAACAAUUAUUGUAAAUGAAAAUAGUCAAAAAGGUGACGAUAAUGUCGUAAUGUUAGCCGAACCUACUCCUACUCCAACUUCGGCAUUUUUUAAUAAUAUAAAUAAUCAAAAUAAUCAAAAUAAUCAAAAUAAUAAUAAUCAAAAUAUUAAUAAUACACCAGUUAGUACACCAAAAGUAUUUUCACCAGUUAAAAAACCAGUAAAUACAACUAACCAAGUUCCAAGUUUGCCAUCAAUUAGUAGUAAUAGUAAUAAUUCAAAUUCACCAUCAACCAACACAAGUGCAACAACAAAUUCAACAACAAAUUCAACAACAACAACAACAACAACGACAACAACAACACCACUAGUUGAAAGUGAUAUUGAACCACUAUCAGAAUUUAUAUUUAUUGAAUAUUUAAUGGAUGAAAGUAAUUUAUUAUUAAAGAGUAUGGGUAAACCAAAGAAAUCAUUCAAGACAUUGAAAUCAUUCCAUUAUGGUAAAAUUUUAAAUUGUGAAACUGAUGCCGAACAAAAUAUUGUAACUUUAUCAAUUGAUCAUGAGGAUUUAUUAAUUAACACUCAACAAUCAACAGAGAUGGUUUUAUUGAUCAAUAGUUAUAUCUUUCAUUUAUCAGCUGAAGCAACCACUGGUAUUGCAAAUAAGGAUUAUUCAAUUCCAAAUAGUUCAUUCUCUUUCAAAGUUGGUAAUCUCAUUACCAAUAUCGUCCGAGGUGAAGAGGAUUGGUGCACUGGAACAUGUAAUAAUCUCACUGGUAAAUUCCCAUUGGAAUUGGUUAAUUUAAUCAUUGAAAAACGUUCUCCAAACAUUUUACCAUCAAUACCAUUAAAUAGCAAAUUGUAUAAUAGACAACAAAACAAUAUUACCAAUUUAAUUUCAACCUAUGAUAAUAUUAAUAAUCAAUUAAUUAUUAAUAAUAAUAAUAUUCAACAAUUAUUACAACAACAACAAUUACAAUUACAACUUCAACAACAGCAACAACAACAACAACAACAACUAUUACUACAACAACAACAACAACAACAAAGUGGUAAUAAUUCACCAUCAAGAAAAUCAUCACAAGCUGUUCAACCAUCUCAUAGAAAUUCAAUUUCAAGAUCAACAUCAUCUUCAUCAUCAGCUUCAUCAAAUUCUACAACUUCAUCAUCUUCAUCUUCAUCUUCUUCAAGUGGUGGAAAAGUUAAAGAAAGAAAACAAAAUAAUCAUAAUAGAGGUGAACCACAAUUUUCUACUAAAUUUGUUGAAAGUGGAUCUAAACAUCCAUUGAUGCCAUAUGCAGUCAAUAGAUUCCGUUCAUUGACAGCCUUUAAAUUGGGUGAUGCAUUAAAACAUUCAUCAAAUCCACCCGAUUCAAAUAGUGCAUUCAUUAGUGAUUUACAUCCAGAUGAUCGUGAUAUCUUUUUGGAUAUUAUGAAGUAUAUGGAUGAUUAUCCAAAAUUCCCACGAGAUAGAAAGACCAGAUUACUUCAAAAUGUAAUACAACGUGGUAUCGAUAAACCAAGUCUACGUGAUGAAAUUUAUUUCUUCCUAUGUCGUCAAUUAACUUUUAAUCUUCAAACACAACUUCCAACACUUGCAUCAGCACGUAAAGGUAUGGUUUUGUUUAGUUUAUGUUCUGGUUGUUUCCCUUCGACCGCUGAACUUUUCCCUUAUCUUCGUGAGUUCCUCUCGCAAACUGAGAAUAUUUACUCUCAAUAUUGUAUAAAGAAAUUAGAGACCACAUCAUUGAAAGGUCCUCGUCGUAAUGCUCCAUCAAAGAAAGAGAUAUUGGCCGUUAAAGAACUUCGUCAUAUUGUAGUUAGAAUUCAUCUUGCCAAUGGUCCAAUUAGAACUGUCGAAGUGAAUCCAUCAACAACUGCAUUGGAAGCACUUCGUGUUUUGGUCGAUAUUCAAGAUAUCAUCUUUUGGAAAGAAUUUGCAAUUUUCAAAGAAUGGGAUGGCGUUGAAAGAGCCCUCAAGGAACAAGAUAAACUUUGUGAUGUCCUUAAAGAGUUUGAAGAUAAAGAGAGAAAACAAAGAAAGAAACUCUUACCCGAUGAAGAUCUAAUCACUGGUAGAUUCGUACUUCUUAGAAAGAUUUGGAUUCCUCAUACUUCCUAUAGUAUGAGCAAUGGUAUGUUGGAGUUAAUGUUUUAUCAAUAUGUUCACGAUGUUUUGGGUGGUCGUAUCCCUGGUUUAACCAUUGAAAUCUCACUACAAUUGGCUGCACUUCAAUUACAAGCUCAAGAAGGUGAUUACAAUCCAGACACUCCAAUCAUCUCUGAGGAUACCGUUUAUCUUUGUAUUCCAGCAACCUUGAUUGGUCGUAAAGAAUUGUCCGAUUGGGUACAAGAUAUCAAUGAGGCUCACUCUUUGUUGGCAAAUCGUGAUAUCACUCCAGAGUUGGCGUUAACCUCUUAUUUAGAGCAAUCAUCUGGUUUACCUUAUGCUGGUUCAACUUGGUUCUGUAUCAAUACUAAACGUGUUGCCACAAUGGCAACUCAAAUUUGGAUUGGUAUCAACCAAGGUUUCAUUGUUUUUUUCAAUGCUCUUAUGGAGAAUGAAUUGGAACGUUUCGAUCUUGAUGAAGUUUCUGGUUUCACCUAUAGAGAUGAUUCUUUCUCUUUCCUAAUUGGUGAUCUCAUUAAUCCAACUAGAAAAUUAUUUUACACAAGUCAAGGUGAAGAUAUAAAUGAAAUCUUUGAAACAUUUAAAUCACUUCCAAAAGUUGAUCUUUUAGAGUUAGAAAGAAGAAAAGAAAGAAAAAGAGAAAGAAAAGAAAAAGAAAAGAGAAAAGCUUUAAAACAACAAUUAAGAGAUGAACAACAACAACAAUUGCAACAACAACAACAAGAUUAA